AUGUUCCGCGACCUUGGCAGGGUCCACAUCGCCUCUUUCGCCGUCGGAAUCGUCGGCUUAGUCGUCGGCAUCGUCGGCAUCGUUCUCGCCAUUGUUUUUGGCACCGGUGAGUGGAUACUGUCACUAGUUGAACUUGUUUCGUAAGACUCUAGAAGGGUAGCUCUAGAAAGACGGACAGUUCUCACUUCCUCGAGGUACAGUACUCUUCCCUAAGACCUGGUCAACUGGAAAGAACAAUCUUUGGACACAGAUGUAAAUGCUCAAAGUUGAAGACUGUUGGGAUUUGACCCACAAUCUUGAAACCGUACACAAUUGUGCCCAAAGCUGAUUUGUCAUCAUUAGAGGGAAUUUCGCCGAGUUUCAGAGCAUCGUUUUAGAGUUUUGAUUGUUCGUUCAUAGAUAUUGAUUAACAAAAGCUUGUGUAAACCUGAUACACAACAAAUACUUUCCCAACUCCUAGCCUUUUCUCUUCAAAGAAGGCGUCGCACUAUCAAAUUAGCGUUCAAGCUACUUGUACCAAUAAAUGAAGUUAAAUCGGGUCGCAGUACAUCCUUUUCGUCAAGGAUCAUGGUUCCUCAAAGUACUUUUCGUCGCAUCUUUUGCCAUGAUUAUGAUUUCGCAGGGCUUUCUUCAAAUAACUUUAAAAUGAGUUCACUUUCGUUAAAUGACUGCACCGAAACAGUAGUCGCAAUCACUUUCCGUUCAUUUUCAGCCUCCUGCGCCACUCCGACCACACCUGCUCCCGUCACGUGCCCUCCGAUCAUCGCUACACCAUGCAGUGCCAAACUCUUCUCUAUUUCGACCGGAAUUACCGAUAUGCCAUGGAACGAGACGUAUUCAGAUACUACGAAUCCGAUGACUCAAAACGCGAUCAAAAACAUUCAAGACUCGCUUCAAACAACUCUUAAUUCUGGACUCAACACUCAAAGUUCGUCGUCGUCGCUUCUUCGGAUUCUGGCAGCCACGACGGGACCGACUAGCAACAACGCGAUCGUCUCGAUCUCUAGAUUAGAGUUGGUUUCCGUGACGUUUGGGCAGUUUUUUCCAGAAAGCUUGUUAUUACAGAAGAACAUUCGAUAGUAAUGGCAAUCAAAUUGUGGCGGCAAUCGGAAACGGAGCCGUCUCAGCUGCCACAGAUGUGAACUUGAUUCCAAAUCAGGAUGUGAUAAAGUCAGUGAUCAAACAAGACCCAACAUAUGCCCCCGACACAGUUGAAAGUAUUGAAAUCGCUGUCUUAGAGCAGUUAAAAGAAUACAGCUUUCAGCGAGUUCACAAGUCUGUAACAUAACCAGUCCUUUAACCACCGACGCUCCGAUCACUAGUUCGAGUUUGGCUCCGACGACUUGUCCGGUCUGUCCAUCAUCGACUCCAGCGAUUGCGACCACGUGCCCAGCGUGUCCAUCAUCGACGUGUGCGACGGUCCCUUCUACCACGUGUCCGGCUUGUCCGACUUCGACGUGUCCGACACUUCCGGCGACGACAUCGUGUCCAUCGGUCACUUGCCCGGCCUGUCCGACUCUGGAUCCGGUGACAUGUCCAACGGCUCCGACGUCACCGACUCCAGCGGCAACUACAACUCAAGGUAUUCCGAGCCUCGCCACGACACCAGGAUCACCAAUCACAAGCACCCAAGGUAGUUCCAGCACUAUCCCCGGAGUAUCUAGUACUUCUCCCACAAGCCAACGCACCUCUAGCACUACACAGAGCUCCUCCUCAGGAGCUCCAAUCACUAGCACCAGCACCAACAUCCCCUUCACAAGUCAAGGAGUCUACAGUACAACCCAAUCGAGCCCAGGAGUCCCCACCAGUUCCCCUGUUCCCUAUCAAUCCACGCCCGCACCUUCAGUCCCAACCAUCGCGCCCGGUCAGUGCUAUUAUCAAUCGAACAUCGCCGUCGCCGUUGAGUUGACCGAUCCGUACUCGGCGUUGGACACGAAAAUCCAGAACUUCAUCACCAACACCCUCCUUUUCUAUCCCGGAAAUCCGUACCAACUCGGCGGCGCCGACAGUUCGCUGACCAAAUUGGCUCUGGUUCCGUAUCCGACGAAUGUUGACAUCGAGAGUUUGAUGUCUUACGGCGCGGCUGAGUGAGUUUCCCGAGCUAUUGGAAGAUUUUUGUGAAGUUUGUCUUUUCAGUAAUCAAGAGAAAAUCAAUCGUCUAUUCUAUAACUUUGGUAUCUUCGCCUCCGAAGAACCGAACAUAUAUGAGUGAGUUCAUCGGCGUCAAACUCUUGGAAAAGUGCUAAAUUUUGAGAGCUUUGGACUUUAUCUCCACAUUGAAACCGACUGGACAACCGGGAUUCGUCGUCAUUGUUGGAAACAAGUGCGUUGUUUCCGUGUCUAGGUCCAUAAAUAACUUGUUUUUUCAGCGGAAGCACGAUCGGCCAAUCCACGACGUCUUCUCAAGCUCUUCAAAACCUCGGCUUCAACGUCAUCACCAUCGGAUACACGUCUUCUGAUGAUUUCAGUCCGUUGGCUUCUAACGCGGCCUGGUCGUUUAAGAUCAGUCAGGAUUCGGAUGAACUGACGGUGGCCCAACAAAUAGGAACACUUUUGAGUGAGUUUUGUUGAAGCGAAAGAAGUGCUCCCUAAAGCUGAGAUUCAGAUUCCACAUUCUGCUCCCCGUCUGGAUCUUCCACGAUUGCUCCGAUCACCUCUUCAUCGUCGCCGAUCCCAGUGGCUUCCACCUCGGCUUCGACUCCGUCGGUGGCUCCUCCGAUCACGUCUAUCUCUACUCAAACUGUUCCGGUGGUCACGAUCACAACUGCCACGUCACAACCUCCGGUCACUUCGCCAACUCAAUCCACUCCGGCAGCAGCUCAAUCCUCAAGCACACAAGGAGGAGGAGUCACGAGUACCGUGCUCAGUUCGAGUACGGUUCCGACACAAGGAGUUGCUAGUUCGACUCAAGGUACCCAGACAGUGCCCACCAGUUCACAAGGAGUCCCCAGUACAUCCCCGAUUCCGAGUUCCACCCAAACUGUCCCUAGUACCAGCCAAGGAGUCUCCAGUACAUCUUCCCAAUCCCCUGUUCCCACUACGACUGCAGCAACUUCAGCCCCAACUCUCUCGCCCGAAACCCCGUAUUAUCAAUCGAACGUGGCCGUCGCUUUUGAACUAACCAACGCGACUUCGGAUCUGGAUGCUCAGAUCCAGACGUUCAUCGCCGACAACUUGUUCUUCUACAAUGGAGCUCCGUAUGAGCUCGGAGGCAAAGAUGACGGAAAAACAGCUGUAAGUUUAAUGAAAACAUGUGAUUUCAAUAAAUGAAUAUGGGUUUUCAGUUGUCACUGGUGCCCUAUCCGAAUGAUCGAACUCUGAUCUCAUUGUCGAGCUACGGAGCGGCUCAAACGUCCUCGCAAAUCACUUUGGCUAUCAACGUCUUCUCUUCGCUAGCCAAAGAGCCUGCUACAAUUGCCGACGCCUUCAACAUCCUGCCAGAUGUUUCGAGAACCGGACCGCCUGGAUUCGUGAUUCUCGUUGCUAACUCGUUAGUUCUAAAUAUCAACUAUACAUCUCCAUAUCAACUUUUCAGUGCGGAUUCUGUGAACGCCGCCGUUGACUCUGCAAACAGUCUGAAGAGCCAGGGCUUCAACAUCAUCACAGUGGCCUUCAAAUCGGAUGGAUCUUUCAAUUCGCUGGCCUCCCAAGACAGUUGGAACUUCAAGAUUGGCCAAGACUCGGAUCAGAGUACGGUUGCUGCACAGAUUGGAAACAUUUUGAGUUAGUUUCCAAAGUUUCUGUUCUUUUAUAACGUCUCUCUGUUUUUAGAUUCCACAUACUGGAGUGGUACAACUACCGGGUACACCGGGUCGACUGUGACUCUCCCGACUACCGUAGCCACUACAGUAACUCCUGGAGGAUCCUCUUCUGCAUCCACUUCCACUGAAACCGUUCCGACUACUGUCCCAUCGCAGUCAACUUCACAAGGAACUUCUCCAGGAAGCAGCAGUUCCAGUGGGACCAGCACACAACCAGUGCCUUCCAGCUCCCAGUCCCCAACAGCCAGUCCCUCUGGUUCUACCACCCAAGGCACGUCUCCAGGAAUUUCCAGUACCCCACAAGUUCCCACUAGUUCCCGGUCUCCCAGUACCGGUCCCGUUCUAACUUCUUCCACCCAAGAAGCGCAGAGCACGACCCUUAUUACUUCGCCAGUCCCAUCGACAACACAAGGAGUCCCCAGCACCUCACAGCUUCCGAGCUCGAACCCUAGCACUCUCUCCACUUCCCUUGCACCCAGCACAUCCCUUUCUUCAACAGCCGGAACUUCAGCUCCGCUACCGCAACUCUACUAUCAAUCGAAUGUCGCCGUCGCUUUCGAGUUGACCAGCCAGACUUCCGAUCUGGACUCUCAGAUCAGAAACUUCAUCUCGGAUAAUCUGUUCUUCUAUAAUGGAAAUCCGUAUGAACUCGGCGGCAAAGACGACGGAAAAACAGCGGUUUGUUAAUGGAAAUCAAGUUGAGAAGGGUAAAAAAGUGUAAAGUUUUGCAGUUAUCCCUGGUACCGUACCCCGUGAACUCGCUGACAUCCUUGAUGAGUUACGGAGCCGCCCAUUCAUCCGCCGACAUUGCCUCGUACACCGAAGCGUUUUCGCUGUAUGCCACAGAUCCGGCAAACAUCUCGGACGCCUUCACUUAUCUGCCAAGUGUCGAGAGAACAGGACCGCCCGGAUUUGUGAUUCUUGUUGCGAACAGUGCGGACUACGUGGACUCCGCCGCCGCUUCUGCCAACAACCUGAAGGCCCUUGGCUUCAACAUCGUCACAAUCGCUUUCAAAUCGGACGGAAACUUCAACUCGUUGUCCUCUCAGGAUGGCUGGAACUUCAGAAUCACUCAAGAUUCUGAUUUGAACACGGUGGCUGCACAGGUCGGAAACGUUCUCAGUAGGUAUCGUGCCUGGGUGCUUUUUGAGAUCGUCGUUUUCAGAUUCUACGUUCUGGAGUGGAGGCGUUACGGGAACAACUGUGACUCCCCCGUCUACCGUAAUCACUACAGUAACCACCGGUGCAUCUUCGUCCACGGGAACGGUUCCGACUACUGUCGCAUCCCAAUCAACUUCUCCAGAAAGCAGCAGUUCUAGCGCUCAACCAGUACCCUCCAGUUCUCCAGGUGUUACUAGCACUCCCGGCACGUCUUCAGGAACUUCCAGUACCCCACAGGGUUCCACUAGUUCCUCCAGUGGAUCCCCCAGCACCAACCCCGUCAUAACGUCUACAACUCAAGCCGUUCAGAGCACGACCCUCGUCACAUCUCCAUUCCCCUCAACGACACAAGGAGUCCCUAGCACCAGUGUCCCGACCAUUUCAUCCACCCAACCAGUCCCCAGCACCUCACCGCUUCCGAGCUCGAGCCCCAACAUCCCAUCGAGCACAUCCCAGUCCCCCUCUUCAACAAGCGUAACUUCAGCUGUCGGAUCAACAGUCACACAGUCGGGAAGCUCUUCUUCAAUCGGCUCAACGGUCACUCUUCCGGGAGGUUCAUCUACAAUCGGAUCCACUGUGACAGUGCCGGAAAGCUCUUCAACUCUCGGAUCUUCCACAGGAUACACCAGCACAACUUCCGGAUCAACUACCUCGCAAAUCUGCCCCAAUCAGCAGGUCGUGUUCAACGGACAGAUCGGCGUGAUCUUCGAGCUGCUGCCGUCGACGUCUUCCACUCAGCAAGAUACGAUCAACGCGUUCGUGGAGAACAUUCUUCUGAACUCCAACUUCUACGGAUUGGCGGUGGAUAACUUGACGGGCGCGAAUAGAACUCUCGUUACUUCAAUACCGUAUCCGUCCACUUCACAAUACAACGUGCAAGGGUUUGGAAGUGCGAGAAGUGUAUCUGAGUUCAAGAGCCAAGUGGAUGCGUUCAAUAGAGUUAUUAAGCCAGUCACAGCCACCAGUGACAUUUCCGAGUGAGCCUUUUUUUUUCUUUUUCUCUAGAUCCCCCGACAAAUCACUUGUUUCAGUGCUCUCUUGUACGUCGUUUCCAACUUGCCCGCCCCAGGAACUACCCCAUCUGCUUUGAUCAUCGUCGGAAGCAGCAAAGCGAUGCUUGACAACGCAGCUUCUCCGUUGGCGGAUAGUCUGAAGGCCUCGUACAGUAUCUACACGAUUUCGAUCGGAGACGUCGACUUGUCGCCACUCUCUUCCGGUGCCGGAUUCUCAUUUACGGAUACUUCUCAGCAGACUGCCAAUCAGAUUGCUCAGAGUUUGGAGGCUUCUAAUCCAGUCGUCUACUGCCCACCGCCAGUUCCGUCCACUUCUGCUCCGAGUACCUCCACUUUUGCCCAAACUUCUACAGUUCCCAUCACGACUAGCGUAAUCUCUACGACUACCGUAACCACUGCCAGACCGACAGUCGGUCCGUGUCAGUGCACCGGAAGAUGGGUGUACAACGGAGAUCUGGCUAUCGCUUUCGAGUUGGUCACCAACCCCAAUCAGGUACUUGGAACUUAGAGCUCGCCUUUCAAAGUUUUGAAUUUAGGGUGUGAUUGACUUCUUGAACAGUACACUUCUGAAGAAUCCAGACUCGUACGGACUCGGUACUGAUGUGAAUGGAAACCAGCCGUCGAAACUGAACUUGAUGCCAUAUCCAGGGACGAGCACUUUCCCGAUCGUCGGAUACGGAGGUGUUAAGUGAGCUUACACUCGAAACCUCCAAACGUUUUAACACAAAUACUGUUCAGAACCCCUCAAGACAUUGGAAACUUAUUGGAUCCUUACAUAACUCUUGCCAAUCAGAACGGUAACACGGAUCCGUCGAUCGUCGAUGCUCUCACCUACAUCGAGCGAAACCCGGGACAAUCGGCAGUGAAGACUGUUCUUCUGGUUGGUGCCAAUGGAUCAGAUGUUCAGGCCGCUGUUAGCACUGCUACCGCCCUUAAAAACGCAGGAUUCCUGGUGAUCACAGUUGCGCAGACUGCUUCAGCUGACGCCUUCCGACCAUUGGCAUCUGGAGAUCAGUACGCGCUGCACAUUGGCGACGGACAGGAUGACGUCGUGGCCGCACAGAUUGCUAGUUUCCUUCUGGAGAGGAGCUUUGUCUGUUUUGACGAUGGCUCAAGCACUGCGGCUCCGGUGACCAGAUGUCCGGGAACACAAGGAACUACUCAGCCGGGCAAUACGGCGACGUCAGCGCCAGUUGCUAGCACCACUCAACCAGCGCCUAACACUGAAUCGACAACUAUUGGAUCUUCAACGGCAGCUAACACCGCCUCCACAACCAUCGGAUCAUCCACGGCCGCAUACACCGGCUCCAGUACCAUUGGGUCUUCGACAGUCGUCAAUACCGGCUCAACUACAAGCGGACCGUCCACUGUAGCUUAUACAGGAUCCACAACAAGUGUCGGAAACACUGGAUCAACAACCAUUGGAUCGUCUACUGCUGUCAACACAGGGUCCACUACGAUCGGAUCGUCUACGGUUGCUAACACAGGAUCAACGACGAGUGGGCCAUCCACUGCAGCCUAUACCGGAUCCACAACAGUCGGCUCUUCAACUGUCGCAAAUACGGGAUCUACGACGAUUGGAUCAUCAACGGCCGCUAACACUGAAUCGACUACAAUUGGAUCUUCCACUGUAGCCAACACCGGGUCUACAACUGUCGGAUCUUCUACAUCUUCAUACACGGGCUCCAGUACCCUUGGGUCUUCGACAGUCGUCAAUACUGGCUCAACUACAAGCGGACCGUCUACUGUAGCUUAUACAGGAUCCACAACAAGUGUCGGAUCAUCAACCGUCCAGUCUUCGACCGUUCCCGUUCCAACAACUUCCCUGCCAGCGUGUGCAUCUCCGUUCGCCGGAAAGAUUGCAGUUGUCUUCGAAUUGAACGCAGUCAACGCACCAAUUCAAGUAAGUGAUUCUCUAAUUUCAGAAGUAUUGUAUGUUUCCAGGACGUUGUCACCUUCGUGAGCACCAAUCUGUACAACUCUCCAAACUAUGACUUCACAACGACGACACAGGCAAUCAAUGUUCCGUACGCCAACACCGAUAACUAUGCGACGGACAUUCUCCAGUUCACCGAUGCGAAAUCCUUGAAUGCUCUUCAAACCAACAUUGAUUUGUUGUACGAAAAUGCAGUUUUUACCACAACGUCGACUGUGUCUGAGUGAGUCAACAAUGUGUAACAAUGGAACACUACAAUAUUCGUUUCAGCGGUCUCAACUUCCUUUUCACUAGCAGACCUCCAGGUGCCUCGAACAAUGUGCUUAUUGUUGUUGGAAAUCAGUAAGAGUCACAGUGUGCAUUUGAUACAUCGCAAAGUUCAUGAUCCGUUCAGAAACGAUGACAACAGUGGACUGACUGAAGUGUGGCUUGAGAACUUGAGAAACAACCAGGGCUACCAAGUGCUCUCAGUAUCGGUCGGAGCCAACGCAGGAGAUCUCUCCUCGAUUGCCGACAAACCCGAGUGGUACUUCCAAGUUGGCGAUUCGAACGGACAAUCCGUCGCCGAUCAGAUUGCUUCCAUUGUCUGCAACCUGCAAACUCCAGGAACUGCAGGCACCACGGUGGCUAACACCGGCUCAACUGUGACGCAGGGAUCUUCGUCUGCAGCCAACACUGGAUCUACAACCAUUGGAUCCUCAACUGCUGUGAACACAGCAUCCUCGACAGUCGGAUCAUCUACUGCUGCCUACACCGGAUCGACUACGCCUGCGCCAUUGUCGUCAAGUACUGCUGUCAACACAGGGUCCACUACGAUCGGAUCAUCUACAGUUGCUUACACAGGCUCAACCACAAGUGGGCCAUCCACUGCAGCCUAUACCGGAUCUACUACGAUUGGAUCAUCCACUGUUGCCAAUACUGGCUCCACUACAAUCGGAUCGUCUACAGUUGCCAACACUGGAUCGACUACGAUUGGAUCAUCGACGGCAGCGAACACUGGUUCCACAACGAUUGGAUCUUCUACUGUAGCCAACACCGGGUCUACAACUGUCGGAUCUUCAACAGCCUCAUACACGGGCUCCAGUACUCUUGGGUCUUCGACAGUCGUCAAUACUGGCUCAACUACAAGCGGACCGUCCACUGUAGCUUAUACAGGAUCCACAACAACUGUCGGAAACACUGGAUCAACAACCAUUGGAUCCUCUACUGCUGUCAACACAGGGUCCACUACGAUCGGAUCGUCUACGGUUGCUAACACUGGAUCAACGACGAGUGGGCCAUCCACUGCAGCCUACACCGGAUCUACAACAAUUGGCUCUUCAACUGUCGCGAAUACGGGAUCAACCGCUGCUAACACUGGUUCCACAACCAUCGGGUCUUCCACAGUAGCCAACACCGGCUCGACUACAAGUGGGCCAUCGACCGUCGCUAACACUGGAUCCACGACCGUAGGCUCGACAGUGACCGGAGGAUCAACCACGAUCGGAUCAUCCACAGUUGCCAACACUGGAUCAACUACUAGCGGGCCAUCCACUGUGCCCUAUACCGGAUCUACAACAAUUGGCUCUUCAACAGUCGCGAAUACGGGAUCUACGACGAUUGGAUCAUCGACGGCCGCUAACACUGGUUCCACGACAAUCGGAUCCUCUACGGUUGCUAACACUGGAUCUUCGACAGUCGGAAACACCGGAUCAACCACAAUCGGAUCAUCCACUGUUGCUAAUACUGGUUCGACUACGAUCGGAUCUUCUACGGCUGUCAACACCGGAUCCACCAAUUCCGUGGCCUCAACGUCCCCCGUUCCGACAUGCACUUCUCCGUACCAAGGAAAGAUUGCUGUUGUGUUCGAGUUGAACAAAAACGAAGCGGACCAGGUGAACUUUGAAACACUUUUUUCCAGCGAUAACCCAUGUUUUUCUUUCAGAGCGUUGUCAAUUUCGUGAGAAACAACCUGUAUAACUCUACAAACUACAACUUUGGAACCGAUACCGAGGCGAUCAGUGUGCCGUAUCCAGGCACCGAUACGACGUAUGGAGAGACAAUUCUGUUCUUUGAUGACGAUGCAAAGUGAGCAUUUACUUUUUUUUUUGAAAGUAUUUAUAGAAGUUCUUAGGAGUUUGGCUGAUUUGCAAACAAAUAUCGACAAUCUACAAGCCUUGGUAACUGACAAUGCGACUCCCGAAAUAUCAGAGUAUGGCGCUAGUUAUGAAUCCAUUUGAAACCUUUUAUUUCAGCGGUCUUUCAUGGCUAUUCUCGGGCAGGGAUACCGAAAAGACGAAAGCUGUUCUCAUCGUUGUCGGAAAUCAGUAAGAAAUCUUCAAUGUGUACCGUGAACUAAACUGUUUUCAGGGCCGACGACAAUUCAGGCACCACUACUAUGUGGCUUAAGAAUUUGAGGAACACACAGGGCUACCAAGUGCUCUCAGUGUCCGUUGGAGCCAACGCAGGAGACCUCUCCUCGAUUGCCGACAAACCCGAGUGGUACUUCCAAGUUGGCGACUCGAACGGACAAUCCGUCGCCGAUCAGAUCUCUUUCAUACUUUGUAACUUGUAA